GAGUGGGGAGGAGUCUGGUUAAAAGCUGUUCCCGGCCUGGCCCACCCACCAGCCACAGACUCUGAGGCCAGGUGAGAGGGGCCCGGGCGACUGAGCCGAGGAACUCCAGGGACGGGCAGCGGGUCCCCGGCGCAGCGGGCUGGGUCCGGGACGCCCGGGGCUCCAGGGGCCCUAGAGCGCAUACCCCCUCGUGCGGGGUCCGGGGCAGCCGGUUUAGCGCCUGUCUCUCCAAAGGGCGCCUGAUUGGUCGGGAGCAGGCGCUCCAUUCUAAGGACGCUGAACUUGGGGACGACGUCUACUUUUUAAGGCCCCUUGUUUCUCUGGAACGACUUCAGCCUGGGAAGACAUUUCCGUCUUCGGGACCCCGGCCCUGGGCAUCAGCGUUUCGCUACGGAGGGGAGGGCUCCCCUCCACCCCACCGCCCCCAUGGCGCUGCCCGGCUCCUCGCACGACCAGGCCUGGAGCCUGGAGCCCCCGGCCCCCCCUGCUCCUGCCAACUCGUCCUCGGGCUGCCAGGAGCGCGAGGCGGACGGCAGCCCGUUGGGGUCCGGGGGGCUGCCCCUGGAGAAGGUGAAGCGGCCCAUGAACGCGUUCAUGGUGUGGAGCUCCGCGCAGCGCCGCCAGAUGGCGCAGCAGAACCCCAAGAUGCACAACUCGGAGAUCUCCAAGCGCCUGGGCGCGCAGUGGAAGCUGCUGGGCGAGGACGAGAAGCGGCCCUUCGUGGAGGAGGCCAAGCGGCUCCGGGCCCGGCACCUGCGCGACUACCCCGACUACAAGUACCGGCCUCGGCGCAAGACCAAGAGCGCGGCCGCCGGGCCGCCCCACUUCGGCCAGGGAGGCGGCGCCGCGCCUGGGGGCGGGCCUGUCUGGGGGCCCGGGUACGCGACCGCCCAGGGGAGCAGAGGCUUCGGGUACCAGCCGCCCAACUACUCCACAGCCUACCUGCCGGCUGGCUACGGCUCUUCCCACUGUAAACCAGAGGCCUUGUCGCCGUGCUCCCUCCCUCAGAGUAACCCGAGGCUCCAGGGCGAGCUGCUCCCCCACUACAGCCCCUACCUACCCCCAGGCUCCCCCACUGCGUACACCCCUCCCCUGGCCGGGACCCCCAUGCCCCUGACCCACCUCUAACCCUCAUGGACAUGGACCUCCAAGGAACAGCGUGAGCCUCCUUUUCCACCCAGAAUCUCCUACCCUCCACCCCACCCCAGGCUGCUAACCCUUCGAACCCUUCCUUAGAACCUCGUUGGUCCACCGGUCAGAGGCCUGUGCUGCGGUUCCCUCACCCUGCCCCCCCAAAACAUGUUUUUUUUAGAACAAACACAGUUUUUAUGAUUAAA